CAAAACACCUGGAGGGCCCAAGUUGGCCCAGGCCUGCGAGAGAGCCGGUGCCUCUGCUUGGGAGAGGCCUGUGUCUGCACUGCCCGCCUCGCCCAAGAGGAGGCCGCGGCGAGGCGUCGGCAGGAAGGGCGGGGCCGCCUCUGGCCUGCCGGCUUGGCCUUUCUUUCCGCCAUUCUCUCCCUCUCUCUCUGCCUGUGUCCCUCCGCCAAGGCCGGCCGGGAUGUUCAGCUGGCUGGGCAAGCAGGGCGGGCGCCCGCGGGGCGGCGAAGGCGAGGACGUGGUGGAGACGGUGACCGGGGGCCUGAAGGAGCUCUACGCCAAGAAGCUGCUGCCCCUCGAGGAGCACUACCGCUUCCAUGAGUUCCACUCGCCCGCCCUGGAGGAGGCCGACUUCGACAACAAGCCCAUGGUGCUCCUGGUCGGGCAGUACAGCACCGGGAAGACCACCUUCAUCAGGUAUCUGUUGGAGCAGGACUUUCCAGGAAUGAGGAUUGGUCCAGAACCAACUACAGAUUCUUUCAUUGCUGUCAUGUAUGGAGACACUGAAGGGAGUACACCAGGGAAUGCUCUUGUCGUGGACCCUAAGAAGCCAUUUCGUAAACUUGACCGUUUUGGGAAUGCAUUUUUGAACAGGUUCAUGUGUGCUCAGUUGCCCAAUCAGGUUCUGAAGAGUAUCAGCAUCAUCGAUAGCCCAGGCAUUCUUUCAGGCGAGAAACAGCGAAUCAGUAGAGGCUAUGAUUUUUGUGAGGUCCUACGAUGGUUCGGUGAGAGAGUUGAUCGCAUCAUCCUCUUAUUUGAUGCCCAUAAACUUGAUAUUUCUGAUGAGUUUUCAGAAGCAAUCAAAGCAUUUCGAGGUCAGGAUGAUAAAAUCCGAGUGGUGUUGAAUAAGGCUGACCAAGUGGACACUCAGCAAUUAAUGAGGGUGUAUGGUGCACUCAUGUGGUCUUUGGGGAAAGUUAUUAACACUCCAGAAGUAUUACGGGUCUACAUUGGUUCCUUUUGGGCCCAGCCCCUGCAAAAUACAGAAAACCGAAGACUGUUUGAGGCUGAGGCACAGGAUCUCUUCCAGGAUAUCCAGAACCUUCCACAAAAGGCAACUGUAAGGAAACUGAAUGAUCUCAUCAAGAGAUCACGACUUGCAAAGGUACAUGCUUAUAUCAUUAGCCAUCUAAAGAAGGAAAUGCCCUCUGUAUUUGGAAAAGACACUAAGAAGAAGGAAUUGAUCAGCAAGCUACCUGAAAUUUAUCGUCAGUUGCAACAAGAGCACCAAAUCUCUCCAGGAGAUUUCCCAGAAGUUAAGAAGAUGCAGGAACUUCUAGAGAACUAUGACUUCACCAAAUUCCAUUCCCUGAAGCCAAAGCUGAUUGAAGCUGUGGAUAACAUGCUGGCCAAUAAAGUUGCCUUCUUGAUGACCCUGGUGACCCAAGAAGAGCGAAGCAUGCCAAACCAGAAGGUGCAAGGUGGCGCAUUUGACGGCACCACAGCAGGGCCAUUUGAUCGUGGCUAUGGAGAGGGUGCCAAGGAAGGAGCAGAUGAGGAGGAGUGGGUGGUCGCCAAAGAUAAACCUGUAUACGAUGAAAUCUUUUACACUCUCUCACCAGUCAAUGGCAGAGUCUCUGGGGCCAACGCAAAGAAGGAAAUGUUGACCUCCAAACUGCCAAACAGUGUCCUGGGGAAAAUCUGGAAGCUUGCUGACUGUGACAAUGAUGGCAUGUUAGAUGAAGAAGAAUUUGCCUUAGCAAAACAUCUCAUCAAAAUAAAGUUGGAGGGAUAUGAACUGCCCAGUAGUUUGCCUGUCCAUCUGGUUCCUCCUUCACAUAGAAAAUCUUUUCGUGUGGCACAAUGAUUGUGAAAACAUUAACUGCUGUGUUCUGUUAUCCUAAAAACCAUAUACAAUUUUUUUUAAAUACCCUUUGAAAAUAAGGCUAUUGACAAGAAUAUUUGGCUACUUAAGGUAUUAAUAUAAAAAUCACAGUUGUGUUAUGAAAAAACCAUGAAAUCUAUGAGUGAUUAGAGACUGUUUUACUGAUUCUAUGUGCAUUGGAUACAUGACUAUUAGUGCAAUCUUCUCAUUAUGUUUCAAGUGCAUUCACUGUAUCAUGCAUAAUCUGUGACAUAGGGCGCUGUUACUCUUUCUACAAGUAAAUGCCUUCUGAAGCUUAACACGGCCUGGGUUUUGAUGCUACAUUAAUGUUCCGAUUAGAACAACCAGCAAUGUAGCAAGGGGUUGCUUUUGAAAUGUGCAUAUUAACAGUGCCUUUUCAGUAACCUACAAUAUUUUUUUGUUUCACUUUGGUUUCAAACAAGGACAUCACACUUGCCAUUUCUGACAUAGUUACAAUCAAAAUAUGGAAAUAGGAUGGGUUUGUGUAAAAUAGUUUUAACUUUAAAAAUUAAUUUUUGUACAUUAAUUUCUUUAUUAAUGCUAUAUAUUCCCUUUAACUUGAAAUGUAUCACUUUGAAAGCCACCAUCAUUCAUUAAUGAUAUGUGAACUAUCUUCAUGAUAGCUGUGGUCUGAAAUUCAUAGAUUAUAAGGGUACAAUUUGAUGCAGCUUUGUUCUUGGAAUCAAAAAUUAAAAGCUUGUACCAAAUGUCUGCAAAUUGAGAUGUAGCAAUCAGCAAUGACCCUCCAGACUGUAUUUCCCACCAAACAUUGUUGGAGUGAAACACCCAGCAGCCCCAGCUAGCACAGGCAAUAACAAACAUGCCCAACUGUUCCUGUCCUACAGUAUCUGGAUGCCUACCCAAUUCCUGCUUCUUGUGUAAGUGCUUUUGUAUGAACAUAGAAUUAGGUUUAGAAAGCCAAUGAAUUGGUAUAAUGAGUUGUACAGUAUGUACAUUUAAAUUUCAAAAUCUUACCAGAGUUUCAUAGUUACUAUAGAAGUUACCCCAUUAACUUUUUAUAACUAUGACUGACCAGAAUUACCCUGUUAAAUCAGGCCAUGGUUCUGUCUAAUCCAGCCCAAUGUUGCCAACAUAAAUGUCUUCAGGAAUCUUACAGAGAGUGGAAGUUAUACUAUCUCUGAUCACAACAGUUCGAUCCUGCAUCAUAGCUAUUGGUAAAGUAUCUUCUGUCCUAUUGUCUUGUAAAGCUAUGUAAGUUAGUGACCAUUACCAAAUAUUGUGGGAGUUAAUUUGAACUUGUAAUGCUGUGAAAUCCUCAUUUUGUUUUCGGUUGUUAAUUUGGAUUUUUUUGUUGCUUUGAAAAAGUAUGUUGUACUGAAAAUAAUGAAACUUCUCUUUAUCUGCAAUGUUUAUUUAUAAAAACGUCUGUUUAAUCCUGAAGUAUGACUUUACAAAAGACACCUACAAUUUAAUGGGGCUAUCUUGUGUCAGUAAAAGAUGUGCUGACUCAAACUUUGUUGUUGUGUGCCUUUGAAUUGUUUCCGGCCGAUGCCAACCAUAUCACAGGGUUUUCUUGGCAUGAUUUGUUCUACUUGAUAGUACUUUGUGCAACCAAAGGUGUAGUCUUUAGCCUGAAAAUGCACAUAGCGAGCUUCUUUGCAUUUCCUUGCCAUCAAUGCAUCCCUUCCACCAUUUGGGUAGUCUCAAGUCUAGGGAUGUCAUGAAAAAGAGAGAUAAUUCCCUGCAGAGUAGAAUCUUUUUCACACAAAAUAGGAUAUUUUUCAACCUUCCACCCUAGAUCUUUUAAUGUGGAAUUUCUAGGGAUUUGCCAAUGGAAAGCAUAUGCUCAACCAAUGAUCAGUCAUCUAUUUCAAGAAUGCUGUUUUUGCAUCUUCGUUAUAGCAGCUUUCCCAUACAUUAUAUUUUGGAACCCUUUCUUUACCAUAUGGCAGCUGAGAAGCUGAGACUAUCUGCUUAGUGUAUCUUUUGAUGUCAGAAAAAUCAAUUGACUAGCAACUCAAGCCCUGAUUGUGUUACCUGCUUAGAUGCAUUUUUACUUAGGAAAACAAACCUUUUGUCAUCCUUUUUCCCCCAAGGAUAGUAAUAGCAAAUGGAAAGAAUGUGGAGGUCUUGGGAGGGAGGAGUUGACGUGGUCACACCCUCAAAUAAUAGUUAGAAAGAAUGGUAGAUCACAUGAUAAUCCAAUCUUUAGUUCAGAUUCUUCUGCAAGUAGUUCUGGUUUGUUUCAGUCUAUGAGGACUGGAAAUUUGCCCCCCAAUACCAAUAGGAAAUGGUAAACCAUAGGACUUUAAAUAGACAUCAUGGAUGAUGAAUUCUGGAUUAUGUCAUUUUUUCCAUGGCAAAGGAAGAUGAAAGCAUGCUCAUCCAAUUUCAGUUGAUCCUCACUCAAGGAGAGCCAUGUAUAUAUGGUUGCAUAUUGCCAUGUUGAGAUCAUCUUUCUUCCCUUUAUCCUGCACAGCGGGGAAUACUUUCCCAACAAACUGUUUUCUUUUGAUAUUUCUUUAGUUCUUUUUGUGAAAUGACUUUCCUCUUUAUUGUAUUAUUUAUUGAAGUUUAAUAACCAAAAUUUAUUUUGCUUUCUUUUCCUUUCCUUUUUUUAUAAUUAAAAAUACCCUUGUUCAACAACUUCAGUGUUUGAAUGUUGUAAUGGCUUUAAAAACAGCACAGUGGUGUCUUUAAGGUGCACAAAGGAGUGUACUAGCUCUUUUUUCUACUAUGGUUUUGUUAUUUCAACAGCUACAGGUUUGAAACAAGAUUACUAGUCUGGAGCAAGAUUACAUGAGUGAUUUGUGCUCCUUUCCCCCCAUGCAUCUAGCAUCUUGAGUGUCGUCUCUGCACAACUCCUAUUUGGGAGAUAUAUAAGCUGUAUCCACAUUAGAAGCAUGGUCUCCCUUCUUCAUGUAGAGAGCAAUUCUAUUACAUCCAAAGUGUGGUUACCAGGGCAAUGUAAAUUGGGUUUGCAUCCUUGCAAUGCAUUUAGAUACUUGGGAUUUCAUUACAGAUGCCUUCAAAUUAUUGGCCAAAUUUACCUGAAUCUUUAAAGAAAAAUACCACAAUGCAAAUAGAUGUCACCUUUGCCUACUUCAGGUGUUAGUAAAAUGUGUCCUCACAAAGUUGUCCCCUUUGAUGUGCUCCCUAUAUUUUACUGGACUCUUCUUGAAAAAAAAGUAAGUAACUAGCCUUUUCUGGAAGCCUCCAAGAAUAGAAC